CUGGCGAAAAUGGCGAUUCCCGAUCUAAUCUCCGCUGCAAGCUGCUCUUCGCCAUGGAUAUAUCUGUUAGUGACAUCGAAGCUUCUGGGAAUUUCAAACCGGUAUCUCGUUUUAAAGGGUGACCAUCCAUUUCUUUUAUUGAUGAAGAGGUUAAACGUUUGGCUGCAAGAUUUAACCUAGCUUUGGUGGGACGUUUCAACAACAGUAGGCCUAAUCUAGCAACAAUUCGCCAGGUAUUCGAUAAAAUUGGAUAUGAAGCUGCAUUUACUGUCUCCUUGCUAGAUGAUCAACACAUUUUGAUUAACUUCGUUUCAUACAAUGAUUUCUUGCGAUGUCUUCUGCGAAAGAAUUGGAAGAUCAAUGGUUAUUCUUUAAAUGUAUUUCGAUGGACUCCUGAAUUUCAUCCCACUGUUGAAUCGCCAUUACUAUCUGUCUGGAUAGGAAUGGAAGGUCUACCAAUUCAUAUAUUUGAUUCUACUGCUCUGUACUCCAUUGCUAAUUUGAUUGGGAAACCAUUAAAAGCAGACAAUGCUACUAUCCAAUUAACCAGACCAUCCGUAGCUCGUGUAUGUGUGGAACUGGACUUGUCCAAGGAACUGCCAAACUCUGUGUGGAUUCACCUUGGGAAGCUCUCUUUUUUACAACCCAUUCACUACGAAGACCUUCCUGCCUUCUGCACCUCUUGUAGGAAAUAUGGCCACAAAAACUGCAAAAAAUCUCACUCCUCAUCAAGAUGGAUCCAAAGGGAGGUCAGGACAGAUGUUAAGGCCUCAUCAAAAGAAAAUGCAGUCAAUGCUACUGAAAUUCAGCCCCAUUUGGCUACUGCCCAGUUGGUCUUAGAACCAGAAGAUGCUGAAGUUAAUGCUCAUUUGGGUUUAGAACCUGCAGUUGUCCAUGUUAUGGGUACCCAAUCUACUACCCAAACUGACAUUAUUGAAGCUACUGAUGAAGGAGCCAACACCAACUUUGCUACUGAAAUUCCAAAUGAAACGGACUUCAUUGAUGAAGUUGAAGGAACCCAGUCUACAACUCCGUAUGGAGUUGAAGGAGCCAAAACCAUUGAUGGAGCUAGAGCUGUUGUUAAUGAAGGAACCCAUUCUGCAGCUCCCAUUGAACUUGAAGGAGCCAAAGCCAUUCAUGAGGCCAAAGCUGUUGCUACUGAAGCUGUUACUAAAGGAAUUGACGAUGCUGACAAUCUUUCUAAGAAUACACUGCCCAAUGGUACAAGCUAUGAAAAACUGUCACAACAAUCCUUGGCCCAAAUAAAUCAGAUUUCGAAUGAUGUUUCCACAAUAAACAAUGCCACAACUGAACUCAACGCUGAAAAUUUGAUUUCAAGCAACAAGGCGACCAAUGCUGACACAAAAGAACCUACAGAAAGUGUAGUGGAAGAGACACCAGAACCUCACUUGGCAAAUAAAGACUUGCCACCAACAGAUCUCGAUCCACCAAUAGAAGAAUUCCCCCCAGAUGAAUUCUUAUAUCCAGAAAUUGAAAAUGAUCCCAGCUACAAAGAGGUCCUUGAGAAUAUGCGAAGAAAUAACCCUGGAAGAUACGGGAACAUGACUCUUAACCAAAUUGAUGACUUUAUUGAAAAAAGAUCUUCUCCUCAACAAUUAAACUCUGCAGGGACCUCCAACCCCCAUUUUGAUGACUUCCAGGAAGUCCAUCACAAACGUGCAAAGAACACCAGCAAGAGGCCUACAAAUCCGAGAACAGUAGCAACAAGGAACUAUGAUCCCACUCUUGAAGUUGGAAUAGUUAGCCUUGUUCCGAAGUACUGGCCAAGCAGGAAAACCACAACCAUGGAACGCAUCAUAACAACAGAGAGCUACACAGGUCAAUUUUGGUAUGUAGGCCCCGUCGGCCCCAUUGGAAAAGACGGGAAAAGACCAAAAAAAGUCAUGCCAAAAAACAAGACGUUCGAUGAUCACCCGGGCUUCAUAAUCUGGGAAUGAUCAGUCUCAUGCGUUUUCUUUUCUCGCAUUUUUUUUUCAUCCGAUAUGUGUUCUUUCCCUAGGGGUUUUGGCCUAGUCCCCCCCUAUUGUACUCGUCUUUUUCUCAAUAAAAAUUUUCCUUUAAU